CACCGGGCCACUCUAAUGUGCCUUAUGAUUGAUGGCGACCGUGUCUAGAGGUACCCUGAUCCGGGGCUGUAGCUGGGGUCAGAUAUAUAUCUAUCCGCCUGCCAUGCCUGCGUGCCUUCCCGAGUUUCAAUAGAAGCAAUGGCCAUGUUGUCAUCAUCCACAAAUGAUCUGUCCCCAGACAUCAACCAACAGAAGAGAUUCCAGCCACAACUUCAUAAUCCCUCAACAACUGUGUCCGCCCCGCUACCAUAACCCUUGGUAAAUGAACCCGGAUUUCUGGCAGCGCUGCGACGCUCCCCAUGACAUGAGCUUACGAGAUUUGUCCUUCCACCAAAAUAAGCUCGAAAAGCCUGAAUGGAGCAACUGAGAAGAUGGCGGUUGGCAUGAGCCAGUUCCCUGGGUCGAGUGAUAAGGCCGAGGAACACCGACAGCCUGUCAGCCUCCUCGCGGAGAACCAAGCUACUGCUCAUCGAAAUCUCGACCCUCCCGAGCUUAGCUGUACCCUCAUUGAAUCCCCCUUCACUGCUGCAUCAUCCGACAGGCCCGUUCUCCCCCAGCUUGAAGGCUCAACAUUCGACGCCAACCUCCGCGACCGGCACAUCAUCUACGACUACGCGGCCCACGACGGCAACGGCAAGCCGGAGAAAUGGCGCUACGAGAUCUGGUCCUUCAACGAAGACCGGGUGGUCUACGCCAUCCACGGCGGCCCGAUGGCCGGCCGCAAGAACUUCCAAACGGCGGCGUAUCAGUGCAUCCGUCCCGGCGAGCUUUGGCAGGUCAACUGGUUGGAGGAAACGGGGACGAUUUGCUCCUUGGUGUUCGAUAUCUCGAGCCGACGCUCGAGUACUCUGCUGGGCUUCUCCAAAGGCCACUGGACCCAGAACGAGGCUGCGCAUGGCGACAAGCGCAACUUGGAGGAUUUUGUCCACUGGCGCGAGUUGGCGAGGAUUGGAUCGUCGCAGGCGGACCGAGUGAUGUUGAGUGAGCAGGCUGACAUCCUGCAGGAUUUCCACGGAGCGGGGGAGCUCAAGCCGAUUGAUCCGUCCUGGCCAACGCUUACAGCCGAUAGGUCAACUCUGGUCAUGCAAUAUGAUGUACCGUAG